AGACAAGUUUACAAUCAGAAAAUAGUUUAAAAUGGGAACUGGCAUCUGGUCAAAAUACAGGGCUAGGGAUUAUAAUAUCCCUGUACCUGAAGAUGGUCCAGCUCUCCAUAAAUACAACCAGAUCCCAGCUGACAAGGAGUAUAGUAAAGAACGCCCAUGUGAUGUAUACGCUGAACCAAGUGGAACAUCUGAGAAUGAAAGUACGACUAAGUCAGCUGAAAAAUCAAUGGCGGACUCAUCUCCUGAGCAGUUACUAGACCAUCCGGCCCAUGAUGAGUAUGCUACCUUUCCAUUCGCUUUAGCUAAUGCUAAUCACCAUGGUGAGGAGACUGAAGAUGCCAAGUGUAACAUCACUGGAGAUGAAAAAGAGAAACCUCAGAUGUAUCCAUACAUAGAUCCCUCCUCUAUGUUCCCAGACAAAUACGCUGAUAUGCCUGGUCCUGUUGAGCUCCCAGUCCCAUCCAUCCCAUCAGCUGUUAAAACAAUCCAGAGUUUGAUUAUGGACGUUAGCCCAGGUAAAUCGGAGGAAUCCACUCCGCGGCAUUCUCCCACAGCCGCAGGGGAGAUGGAGGAAGACGACAAUACUGGUGUUGAUGUUGGAUCUCAUAAAGAUAAAACCAUGGAUGAUAUAUAUAGUCUUGAUCCAUUAGAACACAGUCCAACCAAUCCAACUCCACAUCGACUUGUUCGGAAAAAUCGUAUUUCUCAUCAUAAAAUGCAACAUCCCCACACUGUGCAAAAAAUUGAAGAUUGAAAAAGGACAGCAAGAUAUUUCUGUUCAGUAUUACAACUAUUAAAUGUGUUUUAACAUAAUUUUUGAAAAAAAAUUAAAGCCUCAAAUAAAUUUUUUUAAA